AUGAAUAUACAAAAAGAUUUUGUGUGUUAUAACAAAUCGGAAAAGGAAAAUUAUAAAAAAAAAAAAAAUAUAUACAAUAUACUGUUAAAAGAUGGAAUUAAUUAUAUUGAGAAUGAGCAUAAUGAAAUAAUAAAAAAUGAUAACUAUGUAAGAACUUUAUUUUUUGAAUAUGAUCAAAAAAAAAUAGAAAAAACAAUUUCAUUCAAAAAUAAUUAUAGCGAAAAUGUGUACAAUAUAGUGACCAAAUUCGAAAAUGAAAAUUUGAUAAAUUAUAAAAAUUUCCCACAAAAAAACAAACCAUGUUUUUUUCGCACAAAACAAUUGAAACAAAACAUUUCAUUUUUAAAUAAAAAUAAAAAUAAGAAAUAUCUAAUAUUUUUUAUGGGACCCAAAAAAAAAAUAAAAAAAAAUGAAAAAUUGGUCAAAUGUAACAUUUUGAAUAAAUCUAUAGAAAAAAAUAAAAAUUUCAAAAAGGGAAAACAAGGUAAAGAUAUAACAACUACAUAUAAACAUUUCUGUAAAAGAAUUAUAAAUUAUAAUUUGUCUCCAAAUUUGUAUUACAAUUAUAAAAAUGAACAAAUAGAUACAUUAUUUAGCGAAAAGCCAAGUAAAAAAUUUGUAUGUGAAAAUAAUAUUGCUAGACCAUAUGGCAAUGUUAAUUUGUCAAAUGAGUUUAAAUCUGAAUUUGAACAAAUUUCAAAAAAAGACAAAAAUAAUUUAAAAAAUAAAGAAACAACACAAUCACAAAAUAAUGAAUAUUUUAUGUUUCAAAAUAUAAAUAAUUUUUUAUGUGGCCAAAAUACAUGUACUAAUAAUAUUUAUGAUGAUCAUAAUUAUGUAACUAAUUUAGAGAAUAAUAAAAAUGAGCAAAUACAAUUUAGUAGUAACCUGAAAGAGGAAUGUGUUGACUUUCCAAAAAAUAAGCAAAGCAAUUUAAAACAGUUAGGAAAAAAUAACCAAAGCAAUUUAAAACAGUUAGGAAAAAAGGAUAGUAAAAAUGGUAUCUUGGAUAAUGACAUCCCUCCGGUGAAUGAAAAGGGUAAUAUUAAGUUAGAUAAAGAAAAUGAUGAUAAUAAAAAAAAAAAUGUUAAAAAAAAUGGUAAAAAAAAAAGUGGUGGUAGUGGUAGUGGUAGUGGUGGUAAAAAGAAUUCCAAUUUUAAGGCUCAUAACGAAAUGAACAAAAUGGGAAGCCAUAAAAGUUAUGGAAUAAAUAAAGAUGUGCGUGGAUUCGAGGAGACGUUAAAAUUUAUGAAAUAUAGAGAAUUGUUAAGAAAAUAUAUGGGGACAUUUUAUAAUUAUAGUUCGCUUAAAUGUGCUAGCUAUAUUAUUUUAUAUGCUGUUAUAACAAAAGUAAUAACUCAAAUAUCAAAAAAUUUAACAACAGGAUAUAUUUUUAAUGAACCAGGAAUAGAUGCAUUUGAUGAUAAUUAUACUAAUGGUAGUACUGUUUUGGGAAAUCAUAAUAUAUUUUUUUUUUUAAAUAUAUAUGAUCUAAAUAGUGUUAUACAAUCUAUUUGUUAUGGAAUUUUAUUUGUAUCUAUUAUUCUACUUAUAAAAUUAGGAAUUUCAUCAAAUUAUUUAUUAGCUGGAAGAUUAACUAUUUUAUUUAUGUUUUUAUAUCUUAUUCAAAUACCAAUAGUAAUUUAUUCAAAUUUUUUAUUUCUAAAAAAAGUCGAAAAUGAUUUGUUAGAUUCUUCUUCAAAAUUAUAUGAUAAAAAAAAUUAUUUUAAUUUACAAUUACAAAAAGUUUAUAACAUUUUUUAUGUAGACACAAUUAAUUUAUUAAUUUAUACGAUACUCAUAUCAGGUGUUUCUUUAUAUGCUACUUAUAAUAAAUUAAUAUAUCCACAUCUGCUUAAAUUUUAUUUAGAUACUUUUUUUUUAAACUCUUAUUCGAUUAUAAAAAAAGAAGUAAUACAUUUUAGAGUCCCUAAUAAUAUAGAUGCAUACUAUUUAAACAAAAUGAAUAGCUAUUUAUUUAAUACAUUAUAUAAAAAACAAGAUGCAAUUAAAAAUGAAGAUAUUGAAAGCAAUACUAAAAGUGCUAUUGGAUAUAAUGUUGUUAUUAAAAAAGAAAAAUGCUCUUUUUUUUUUACAAAAUUUUUUAGAAAUAAAAAACAAACACAUAAAAAAAAUACUAAAAGAACAAGUAUAAAAACUAUUGAAAUGGAUUUCUAUAUUAUUUUUUAUAUUGGAGAAUUAGACAGAAAAGGGAGACCUCAUGGAUUUGGUUAUUGGCGAGGAAUACAUUCCGAGGGUGAAGUUUUAAUUGGUUAUUGGUAUCAUGGUAUUCCUGUUGGCCCAUUUAAAUGUCGUGAUUUAAAAACGGGUUCUGGUUUUAUGUGUAUUAAGAUUGGUUAUGGCCACACGAGUUGCGAGCCCAACGACUUAAAGAUUGGCCUAGCAGACACGGAGUGCUGUGUGAGUGGAGCAUUUUACCGAACAUUCCCAAGAGUCGUAUUUUAUAAUUUGAACCUGACUUUACAAGAUUCUAAAAAGAAAAUAACUAAAAAAAAAAAAAUGGAUAAAAAAAAUAAUUAUUAUAACCAUGGUGUUGCAGAAAAAAGAGAAUGCUGUGAAUAUUUAGUUGUUGAAAAAGCUAGUAAUGAUAUUUUAAGAAUAAAUUAUUCAAAAAUAGCUAAUAAUAUAUAUAGUGAUGAGAACCCAGAAUGUUCAGAUGCAGGUUUAGAAAAUAAUUUAAAUUUUAAAUCUCAUAAAAAUAAUAAUACAAAAGCAACUGACACAGAAAUGCAUACAUCUUCAGUAAUAGAUAGUGAAUUAUAUUUAAAAGGGAAAUGUAUAGAUUAUGAUGAUUUAUACAAUUUAAGUUAUGAUAUAAAUGAAUUAGCAUUAGAGGAAUCAACUUUAAAUGAAGCAGAAAAUGGUUUACAUAAUAAUCUAGAAUCUAUGGAAUCAAAUUCUAAUAAUAAUAUGGAAAUUUUAUUUAAUGAACAAUUAGAUGCAGAUCGUAAAUUAGAAUCAACACGAGUUUUGAACACAAAUGAAAAAAAUUGUUCUUAUUCUAAAAAUGAAUAUGAAUUAAACAAUAUUUGUAUUGUUCAAAAUAAUUCAGAAUCACAUAAAAUAGAAGAUUUGGAUUGUAACGAUUUUGAUGGGCUCAAAUCAUGUAAAUAUAAUGAUACUAAUUUGCAAAAUUUGAAAAAUUUGCAAAAUUUGAACAAUGAUAUUUUACAACAUAGUGAAAAAAAAGAAAUAACAUUCGAAAGUAAUUGCAUAAACAAUAUGGAUGUAAUAAAAAGUGGUAAUAGUGUGAAUCAAAAAGAUAAUAUAAAUUUAAAAAAAAAAAAAAAAAAAAUAAUAAUGAAUAACAUAAAACAUGGUGCAAUUCAUAUACCAGUAGAAAAAAGUGAUAUGUCUAUAGAAACAAAAAAAAAAAAAAAAAAUACAAAAAAAAAAUCUAAUUUAGAAAAUAAUAAAAAUAGUUUGUAUAAUGGUUCAGAGAAUCAACCUGAUAAAACACUCACGAAAAAGAGUAAAAAAAUAAAAUCGGAAACUGGUAAAAAUAAAAUAAAAUAUAAUGAUCUCAAUUUGAGUAACGUUUCGAAAGGUAAAAUGGGGUCGGAAGAAAAGGAAAGGGAAAAGGAAAAGGAAAGAAAAAAAGGGACUAACGUUAUAAUAAAACUCGGGAAAAAUAAGGUGGGCGAAAAUGUGGGAGAAAAUAAACUAAACUUUAAAAUGUCUAACGAAUUUGUAAAAAAAACGUCAAGCAAACAAAUAAAAAGAAAAGUAAAAAAAAGAAUAGGAUACAGUAUGAAGAGGACAAUAUUUCGUCUAAAGAAUUUUAAAUUUAUAAAAAAUUAUAAGAAUAGUAAUAUUAGUGAUAAUAAUAAAAUAAAAAAUGAAAUUAAAAAAAAUAAAAAAAGAUGGAUAAUGGGACAUAAGAAAUUAUUUAUUCCUAAAACAUUUUCAGGAACAUUACCAAAAUUAAGAAUAAAAAAAAAAAAAUAUAAGAGUUUGUUAUUUUCGGAAUAUAUAACAAAUGUAUAUAAAACAAAAUGCAUGAACAUUAUACUUCAAAAUUUAUGUCCACAUAUGCCAAAUUUUGGAAUAACAUAUAAUACUGAUUUACACAUAUCUAUAGAUGCAGAAAGAGGGUUAUAUAUUACUGGAUAUAUAAAUAAAAAAAAUAGUAACUAUCCAAUGUUAAGAAAUAAAAAUCGUAAAACAGAUGAUUUAGAAGACAAUGAAGUUAAAAUUAAAAUUAUUAAAAAAACAAAAAAUGAAAAUAUAUUAAAUAAUAAAAAAAAUGUUAAUAAAAAAUUAUAUUCAUGGAUUGAUGAUAUUAAAGAAUUGAGUCUAGAAGGAUGGGUUAGAUGUGAGUUAGCUGGUUCAUUAGAAGCUGUUAUUUUUAUUCAUGGAUAUAAUACAAGUCAUUUAGAAGCAUUGCAAAUAUUAGGUCAAAUGGCAUCCUUUGGAAAUUUCCCAAAUUAUAUUAAGUUAUUUUUAUUUAAUUGGCCAUCUGGAAAAAACAUGUUAGAAUUUUUUAUAGCCAGAGAAAAUUCAAAAAAUAAGGAAAUACAUCAUGCCUUCAAGUCAUUUUUAAACACUCUUCGGAAUAACGGAAUCAAGCAAAUCCAUAUAAUUACACAUAGUAUGGGAACGAGAAUGUUUUUGCUAUCUUUCCAUGACAUCGUAAAAGCUGAUCUUUUCUCAAAUAUAGAUGAAGAAGACAAUGUAGAAAAUAAUAAAAACAAAAUGAAAUUAAUUACAUUAACUAUGAUGAAUCCAGAAUAUUCUUUAAAUGAUUUUGUAAAUAAAGAAUAUAUUUUUCUUAGAUCAUAUUGCACCGUUAUAUCUAUUUAUUGUGAUUCAAAUGAUAAGGCGCUUAAAUGGGCUGAAAUAUUUAGUGGCACGAAAUCUUUAGGAAAAAAUGUAUUCGAUUUGAAUGUUUCUAAAAUAAAUUUUUCAAAAUAUUCAAAUUGUAGUUCUGAUAAUAAUGUUUUUGAUAGUAAUAAAUUAGAUUGUUAUUCUAUACAAAUAGAUAAUAAAAAAAAAAAAAAAAAAAAUCCAAAAGAUAUUCAAAAAUUUAAUGCAAAUUAUAUGCAUUCUUCAUCAUAUUUUGAUUGGGAAAAAUGUGAAGUUAUUAACGGAAACCAAAAAAAAGGUAUUACAACAUGUUUUAAUAAUUCUAUGAAUAAAUUUUUUAAUCUUAUUCGAUUUUGUUGUUUAAAACAAAAAAAAGUUGGAAUAAAAAAAGAUGCAUAUAGUAGUAAUAUAAGUGUAGAUAAUGAAUAUGGUGAUAAGGGUGCUAAAUAUAAUACAGAUUAUAAAAGUUCAUUUGAAGGAAAUAAAAAUAAACAAAAUAAUUUAUCCUUAAAAACAAAUUUACAUCACCAACCACCUAUGUUUAGAAAUACAUUAUUAGUAUUUACUGGAAUAGAACCCAAUUAUUGUUAUAGAGAUAAUAGAGAUUGGUUAGAUGUAGAUGUAAUAGAUACUACAUGGUUAGGAUCAAAUGUACAUACAUUAAGACACUCUUAUUGGUCGUUAAAUAGAGAAAUUAUAGAAGAUAUUAGAGAAUUAAUUGUUACUAGAAAAAGAGCAAGACAAAGAACAUCGAGGUUAGAUAGACGCGAAGGAAAUGUCUGGGUAUAUCGAGUUGCUCCUUCUCAUCUUAAAUCUAUUUUUGAUUCUGAUAUAUAA